AUGCUCUACCAAUGGCGAUUACGGUCAGCCACUAGAGCCUGGCGCGAUGGAAGAUGCAUCCUUGAUUCCCUACUCGCUGGCUGGUCCUCUGUCCUAUGGGCUCUCAAGGACCUCCCUAGCUUUCUUGCCGAACUCCGGCAAUCGAGUCAGCAACUCCGAGUUGCCAUCCGACAGGACCACCACCAGCAUAUUUGCACCGUCGCCAAGGCUUCAGAGGACUCUUCCACCCAGUCCAUUGUAAAAAGGCUACGCACCCUCACCGGCGGCCCUAAGCGGAAGCAGCGUGAGAGGACGCCUCUUCCUGCUGUGGAACGCCAGGAUGGGACCCUUGCUGCCACUGAUGAGGAGGCCCGACAGUGCUGGCUAGAACACUUCGCUUCAAUCGAGGCUGGAUCCCAAAGCUCGCCAUGUGAGAUUGUCAGGGAGUGUCUGCACCGCCAGGCCGGCAAAAGUCUUGAUGACUACACCGUCACACACCUUGACGCCCCCACUCUGGGCGACCUCGAAUGGGCUUUGCGCUCUACCGCCACCGAUCGAGCAUACGGCCUGGACGGGCUUCCAGGAGAACUCCUGCACUACUGCGCGCCCCUCCUUGCCCGGCCCGUUUUUCAGCUACAGCUGAAAUCCCUGCUCACGUUGGCGGAGCCCAUCCAGCACAAGGGUGGAGUUCUCCACUGCGUUUAUAAACGCAAAGGACCCAAACAACAGUGCUCUUCUUACCGCGGGAUACUUGUGUCCUCAGUUGUUAGUAAAUCCCUGCACAAACUGCUGCGACGCAAAUGCGUCCCUGCACUGUGCAAUGCCGCCUCGCCUCUUCAAGUUGGUCCGCUUACCGAGGAUGCACUCGCAAGGGCUUGCCAGGCGGUCAGCCUGCCACCCGGCGUUUACCACGACAUUCAGCGCCAUCUUCAGAAGCCGGCGCUGUCUCUGUCGGCUGGGGCCAGCCAAUGGACAACACAGGCCCUCGAGGAGACUCUCCAUGGGACUUGGUUCAAGUUUCCGAGCGACGCCGCCAUCGUUUCAACAGCCAUAGGCUCGAGACCGGGAGACUCCCUAUCAGAUCUUGUCUUCAGCCUGCUCUUUGCCCAGGUUUUACGACACGUGCGUGCAUCGCUACAGGACUGUGGCCUCAUCCCCGAGAUUCCGUGGCAUGUUGACAUGCUUGGCAGGCUCACACCGUUGAAUCGAGCACCCACAGACACUAUUGCUGUGCUUGAUGCAACUUGGAUGGACGAUCUAUCCCUGCUUCUCCAAGCACCGGACUCGCACACACUUGUGCAGCGCCUCCGUCUGGGUGCCUCUACCCUGCUAGACACCUGCUUGGAGCACGCUCUGCUACCGAACCUUAAACGCGGCAAAACCGAAGCACUUGUCCACCUCCGUGCCAAAGGAGCGCGCCAUGUCAAACGCCAGCUCUUUGAUGAAUUUGCUGGCGCACUCCCCUUGAAUUGCCGGCUUUGGCCUGAGGCCAAACUGCGUUUGACGGCGACCUACAAACAUCUAGGCGGAGUGUUGCACCACCGCGGAAGUCUACUACGGGAAGUGCAGGCGCGCAUCGCACAAGCCUGGACGGCCUUCAAUAGCCGUAAGAAACAAAUCUUCGGCUCCCCUCGCGUUGACCGGCGAGAGAAAGCCCUCCUGUUUGACAGCUUGGUCGCAACCACCAUGUUCUAUGGCUCAGGAACCUGGCCGGAACCCUCGGAGGAGUGUGUGCAGAAGCUGACAGGGGCCCUUCGUAGCAUGGCUUGCCAAAUGCUUCGGCCGAUGUACUCGUGCACGGAGGCCUGGCACCUCGGUACAUCACAUGUGCUUGCCUUAGUCGGGCUCCCCAGUGCCAACACCUAUCUCCACGUCCAUAGGCUCAGAUACCUGCUGUCGUGCAUUACCCUCCACGUGCCAGAGCUCUGGGCCCUGGCCCAUUGGGAGUGCAAAUGGCUUCAGAGUGUGUCCGAGUCCGUGCAAUGGUUAUGGGACAAUACGGCUCCGGAGCAUCAGCACUCCACCUGGGAACAGGCAUGGGAUAACUGGCGUCAAGAGGCUGCUGAUCAUCCAGGCAGGUGGAAAUCCCGCAUACGCAGAGCUCAGGCUCACGCAGUUAUACGAGAGCGCUGGCAGGCUGCACGUCUGUGGCAUCAGGGUCGGAUGCUCCGACAGCUGCAGGGAGCUGGAGCCUCGCUCCCUUUAUGCGAUGAUUUCUCUGAAGGGCCCAGAGAAUGCUGCGCAGUAUGUGGCAAGCACUUCAAGGACUAUAGGGCGUGGUCAGUGCAUGCCUUCUCCACCCACGGCCGCACGGACGAGAUGCGGCGACUCGCGCCUGGCACCCAAUGCCCCGUUUGUCUCAAACACUUCACUUCGGCUGUGAAGUUGAGCCGCCAUCUCGGGUACAGCAGCGCAUGCCGCAACCGCCUACUGUCCUCGAAUUCUAGACAUGACCCUGAGCCUGGAAUUGGCAACCGCAGGGCCCAUGAUGAUGGGGUGGAUUUGACGCCCGUCCUCCAGGCAUCUGGACCACUGCCUUGCCCCCUCCAGGUUGUAGUUGAGGAGGAAACCGCCAGGCCAUCGGCGGAAAUCCUCGAUUGCCUUGCCCUCCUUGACCAUGAUGGAUUGGUCCCCAGCCUAACGGAGGACGAGGUGUGGGACCGGCUCCGAGCCGCCUUCUCCUGUGUGUGUCUACAGGCCUCACGGCUGCGCAUUACGGCCACCGUUUGGCAGCAGUUGCUUGAUCAUCCAGCGCAGCGUACCGACAUGCAGACCCUCGCCAUUCUCCGCGAGGCCGCACGCAAGCUUUGCUCCGUUGAUCUCGUCACCUGGUUGGUUCCUGCCCCUUCUGCCGACCGGCCCAACACCGACACGUACAAACACAGUGGCCUUUACCUAGAUCUUUUGGAUUUCACCCGUCUCCGAUGGGCUCCGCCCUCUCAGGCCAGCACUGAUACCAUUUGGGUUCGUGUUGGGCCCCUUCCUGCCGACUUUAACAUGCCGGUACCUGCCGCCCGCUGUCUGUGUUAUGAACACCAUGACACGCUGCAGGAGCUCAGGGACGGCCAAGUCGUUGACUUCUUGGCAUACCCGGACCCGACUUGCUUCUAUUGUCUGUCUGUCCUGGGCUUGCCGCUGACGGAGCCCGACAACGCCAACCGGGCUGCCCAAUCCCUCACCUCCCAGCUGCCUGGCUUUGAGCUCGCUUGUGAGCUCAUCCGAACUGCUGUGAGCCAUUGGAUUUGUGGCAUUCCCUCCCGGCUCGUUGUCCCGUCUCCGCUACCAAUGUCUGCCUUCCCUCUGCAGCGUCUCCCUGGUCUUGUCAGAAGCGAGUCAUCGGGAUUCCUGAUGGUGGGCAACUGGUAG